GUGGGCCCAUUGCCACUGAGCGGGCACAGCAGUCCUGCCCCAGGGAGGGUCUGGCACCACCUCCCCACUCCCACCCAAGCAGCUGGUGUGGUCAGGCCAGACGCUUUCCCUCCCUGUUUGCUUUCAGGGUGUUCAUCUCCCAUGCUGUUUGGAGCUGCUCCCGCUCAUUUCUCCACUUGUGCCCUGUUCUGCUAAACCUCAGCCCACUGCACUUCUCCCUAUUGGGAGCCAUGCCCUACCUUCUCCACGACUCAAAGCCGAGGCCGCCACCACUGCCAAAGGAGGCACGUGGCAUCCACAGCUCAGGGAAGAGCUACCAAGAGCUGAAGCAGGAGUGCCUGCGCAGCGGCUGCCUCUUUGAAGACCCUGACUUCCCUGCCAAUAAUGCCUCCCUCUUCUUCAGUGAAAAGCCACCGAUUCCCUUCCUCUGGAAGAGGCCUGGGGACAUUGUCAAAGAUCCCAAGUUUAUCCUCGGAGGAGCCACAAGAACUGACAUAUGCCAAGGGGAUCUUGGUGACUGCUGGCUAUUAGCUGCCAUAGCUUCUCUCACACUGAAUGAGAAAACACUAGCAAGAGUAGUGCCGCUGGAUCAAAACUUUGGGCCGGGUUAUGCUGGGAUUUUUCACUUCCAGUUUUGGCAGCACAAUGAGUGGCUGGAUGUUGUGAUUGAUGAUCGAUUGCCCACCUUCAAAGACCGGUUGGUAUUCGUGCAUUCAGCUGAACACAAUGAAUUUUGGAGUGCUUUGCUAGAGAAAGCCUAUGCCAAGCUGAAUGGCAGCUAUGAAGCUCUGAAAGGAGGCAGUACGAUAGAAGCCAUGGAGGAUUUCACUGGGGGAGUGGGAGAAAUGUAUGAGGUUAAAAAAGCUCCUGACAAUUUCUAUGAAAUCCUAGAAAAAGCUCUGAAAAGAUCGUCAAUGGUGGGCUGCUCUAUUGAUACCAGCAGUGCUGCCGAGUCAGAAGCCAGGACACCCUUUGGCCUCAUAAAGGGCCAUGCUUACUCUGUAACUGGCAUUGAUGAGCUGAGCUAUCAGGGCCGGAAAGUGCAGCUCAUAAGAAUAAGGAACCCCUGGGGACAAGUGGAGUGGAACGGGCCUUGGAGUGACAACUCUCUGGAGUGGCGUUUGGUCAGCCCAUCAGAGCAGAAGCGCUUGGCUCAGACAGCUCUGGAUGAUGGAGAAUUCUGGAUGAAGUUUGAAGACUUUAAAGUGCAUUUUGAUAAAGUUGAGAUCUGCAACUUGACUCCAGAUUCCCUGGAAGACAGCACUGCCCAAAAGUGGGAGGUGACCAUCCAUGAGGGGAGCUGGGUCCGGGGAUCCACUGCAGGAGGAUGCAGAAAUUUUCUAGACACUUUCUGGACAAAUCCACAAAUCAAGCUGCAUUUGACAGAGAAAGACGAUGGUCAAGAUGACUGCACGUUCAUAGCAGCACUGAUGCAAAAGGAUCGCCGUAAACUCAGGAAGCUGGGUGCUGAAAUGCUAAGCAUCGGCUACUCCAUUUAUGAGAGCCCUGGUGGAGUUGAACACUUGAGCAAAGAUUUCUUCAGGUACCACGCCUCCAAGGCUAGAAGCAAAACCUACAUCAAUUUAAGGGAAGUGUCUGACAGAUUCAAGCUGCCACCAGGUGACUACAUCCUUGUUCCAACCACAUUUGAGCCACACCAGGAGGCAGACUUCUGCCUGAGAAUCUUUUCAGAGAAGAAGGCCAUCACUGAGGAUCUGGAUGAAAACGUUGCCAUUGAUCUUCCUGAGCCUCCAAACCCAACCCCAAGUCCUCAAGAAACUGAGGAAGAAAAGCAGUUCCGGGCACUGUUUGAACAGAUCUCAGGAAAGGACAUGGAAGUAGCUGCAGAAGAACUUGAAUAUGUUCUAAAUGCAGUAUUACAAAACAGAAAGGACAUCAAAUUCAAGAAGUUAAGUCUCAUUUCAUGCCGAAACAUCAUUUCUCUUACAGAUACCAGUGGCAACGGGAAACUGGAAUUCAAUGAGUUCAAAGUUUUCUGGGAAAAACUGAAGAAAUGGAUAAAUAUCUUUCUUCGAUUUGACUCUGAUAAAUCUGGCUCCAUGUCCUCCUAUGAGCUUCGCAGUGCUCUCAAAGCUGCAGGAUACCAACUCAACAACUACUUGCUGCAGCUGAUUGUCCUGCGAUACUCUGAUGAGCAGUUCCAGAUUGAUUUUGAUGAUUUUCUAAACUGCCUAAUUCGCUUAGAGAACGCAAGUCGAGUAUUCCAAGCAUUGAGUGUGAAAAACAAGGAUUUCAUUAACCUGAACAUUGGCGAGUUCAUCAACCUGGCAAUGAAUAUCUGAGGAAGUCGAACUUGGAUGCCUUGAGUUUCUUGUGCCAUCACUGCCAUGACUUCUGCCCCAACAGCUGUGAUGCCCUUCUCAUGCAGACUUCACCAGGAGCUUUAUUGCGGAGGAAGGCUCACGCUGCUCAUCUUUCUGGUCUCCAGCCCUGUUGUGUUCAGGAGUUCAACAGUCAGAUCCCAUUUUGUUUUUAUUUUUGAUAAAACCUGUCGAUGGGUUUGUUACUGGGAGAGAUAUUUGGAUGGGGCACACACGCCUCUCAAGCAGACUGAAACUGAUGCCUCUGAGUAAACACGGUCUUUCAUGAAGUAGUAUUUAGUUUCAGCCCAGCUCAGACUGCAAUGAUUAAGCAUCUUUAUUACUGCUUGGCUACAGAUUGCUGUAAGAUGCUUUUAAAAAUAUAAGUUUGCAUAAAAUUUUGUUCAAUUUGGAAUUUAUUUCCAGGCCUGCUGUGAGGCUACAUAACAAGCCUCUUGUUGCAGCCACAUUAAUUUCAGUCUGCUAUUCCACGAAGGGAAUGGAUGGAUGAAAGUCCAUCCCUGAAUAUGUACUUAGGACAUAGAUCCCUGGUCCAGGCUUCCUUAGAAGGAUGUUUAUUUAAGCUAAGACCUGAUGUUCAUCAUUGAUUUAAUUUAGAGAAAAAUUUCUUGCAUCUCACUCCCCUCAGUUCCUCUUCUGUCUGGGCCAUAGCAAGACCCACAAGCCAGAGUCUGCACACAGUUGCACACAGCUUGGCUGCAUCUUCAGAGACACACAUGGCUCAGGAGACAGUGAGCUCUUGCUUGGGGACAUCUUCCCCCACCCACAGUCAGGGCUUUUAUCCCACAACAACCAGGCCUCCAGAAGAGCAAUUACAAUCAUAUUAUAUGAUCUAAAUGCUACCAGUGGUGAGGCUCUGAUCUCUGCAGCUAUUGCUAUUUUGCAUUUGUCUCUUGCAUUGCAUUAUUCAUGUGAUGUUGAUAGUCAGUGCUGACUUAAAAAAUAACAGUAAUAACAGCCAGGAACUUAAGAGGUCUUCAAUGGAUUUGUUUCUAUGAAUAUCUUCAUAACUUAUGUCUAUUUUAUAAUGAAUCAACUGUCUGGAUUUGUUUCUGAAAGCCUUUCUUGCAGCAAAACAGAUGGCCCCAGAAGAGCUUUGUAUUCUUUACUGUCCAGGAUCAGUGAGACAGCCAGGGCUCUACUUUCUCUAGAUUUAGACCUACUGAGCAAUUCUGGAAUGAGAAUCAAGCUGCAAUAAAUAUGAAGCUCAAACUACCAGAAGAAGAAAUAAUGAGGAUCAUGAUGGUUAAAAUACCCAUUUCUUUUCCCAAAAAUAGCAAUCUGGUAACUGUAUAGAAAAUGCUCUGGAGCUAACUGAAAGCUGAGAGAAAGGUAGUGGUUGCAGUAUGCAGCCAACCAAGGUACUCAACCCUAUGGGAUGUAUUGAUUUUCAGAUGUUCUGGUUGCAUGUGCUUUCCACAGCACUGGAGGCAGCAGUCUAAAUUUGUGAAAGUUUGCACUGGAAUCUAGACUGUCCUAUAAAUAUUUAGCCACAUUCUUGAAACUCAAUUAAUGAAUUCUUAGCUGGUUCACUGUGUGAGCUUGGAUGUUGAUACAAAUUUAUUGUAAUACAUUUUCAUUCUGAAGCAAUAUUCACAAGCUAAGCAGAAGACACUUCUCCAUCUCUGGCUCCUCCACUGUAGCUUUCUGUUUCUCUACACAGAGCUGGGGGUGUCUUGGAGAGAUCAGGUUUAAUAAAAGAAAGUGAUAAAUACUGAAGUUAGA